AUUGAACCUGUAAAGUCCUGUCAUAGGGUGCUACAGGGCCUGGCCCCAUUUCCUCCUGCUUGCACUUAAAGAGGGUCUGAGAAGCACCUAGUGACAUAUAGGAAUAAGGCAGGGCAGUGGUGACAGACCGUGAAGGGAGGCAAUGCUGGACCUUAUCAUCCUCAGUCUUCAUUUCUUCAUCUGCUUUCUCAUCUCCAUUGCAAUCUGGUAUGGACCAAAGGAUGUGGAUUCACACAGCUCAAGCACAGGAGGAGCUGAAAUGGAGCCAGAUUGUCUUAUAAUCAUUGGCAAAGAAGAGGACAUAAAGAAGUCCCAAAGAAUAACAGCCAAAAUCAAUGGCAGAGAAAUUGUUGUUUUCUACCAUGAGGGGAAAUUUCAUGCUCUGGAUUCUCGCUGCUACCAUGAAGGAGGCCCUUUAUGUCUUGGAGAAAUAGAGGAUAUUGAUGGACAAGCAUGUAUUGUUUGUCCUUGGCAUAAGUUUAAAAUUACCUUGGAAACAGGAGAAGGAUUGUACGAAGGAAUAAAUCCUCUGGAGCCAUCACCAACACCAAAGUGGCAAUCAAAAGGAGUGAAACAAAGGAUUCACAAGGUCACAAUAGACAGUGGAAAUGUUUAUGUGAGUCCUCCAGAUUUGUCUGUGAGCUUUGACUCUGAUUAUUUUGCUGAAAAGUACAAAAAUGGUGGCGAAUUAGCUAUGGGAGAACAAAACCACUCAGAAGCCACAGAAUAGGUCAUGGCCAGACAGCAGAAUCCUGGGGAAUGCAACAAAUGAAGAAUCUUUAUUGGGAAAUAAAAAUGUACUGUGCCAUGAA